CUCAUCAUUACCGGGCGUUAGGCCUGCGUAAUAGAUAAUGGGCUUGAGCCUGUUAUCGGCCCAAAUCAUUGACUGGGCCUGGUCUAUUGUCUUUGGGCCCCACGAAUCCACUUUUGUCGUACGACUCAGUUCCACCGCUUCCGCCUCUUUCCUUCCUCCUCUCUGUAUGUUUCCCGAAUUGGAACUUCUCCCUCUGCGCCUCUCGCUUUUCUCUCAGCUUCUCGCUCAGACGAAGAGACCGAGUGCGGCGACGAGCUCCGGGAGCCAUGUCAGCGACUCCAGCUACGGAAUCCGCUGCCGGUGACGGCGCUAAGACAAACGGAAAUUCCGCCUCUUUCCACGUCCAGGGCAUGUCCGACGCCGAGCUCCAGAAGGUCUUCAACCAGUUCGACACCAACGGCGACGGCAAGAUCUCCGCCGCCGAGCUCUCUCAGGUGCUCUCCGCCAUGGGCUCCGUCACGUCAAAGGAAGACAUCCAGCGUGCGAUGGAGGAGAUCGACAGCGACCGCGACGGCUACAUCAACCUGCCUGAGUUCGCCGCCCUCUGCCGAUCCAACUCCUCUGGGGAGUCCGACCUCCGCGACGCCUUCAAUCUCUACGAUCAGGACAGGAACGGACUCAUCUCUGCGUCCGAGCUGCACCUGGUGCUGAACCGCCUGAACAUGGGCUGCUCCGUGGAGGACUGCGUGAGGAUGAUCAAGUCGGUGGACUAUGACGGCGACGGGAAUGUCAACUUCGCGGAAUUCAAGAAGAUGAUGACCGCCGGUUCCCUGUCCAACGGCGCUGCGGUGUAGGUUCAGAUCUGCGACAACGCCAAAUUCUUUUGGAGGUAUAGGCUUAAGACUCCAGCUUGAAUUGAUCUUCGAUUUCUCGAUGAGCAACAACUCUUCGAAUUCUUUUGCUAACUGCGAAGGAUGAAGUGCUAAUAUGAACACGCUGAUCGUAGAUAGGGAAAGUAUCUCAUGACCAUCUCUAUCAAUUCCGCCAUUAAAUAAAGAACUCAUGACUUCUCGUUUGCAAUCCAAAUCUAAGCUCGUCUGAUUUGACUUUUCA